AUGUCAUCCUCUCUUAUACCACCAGUGAUUAUUCGUAAUCAUUCAUCAGUUUUCCUUGAUAUCCAAUUAAUAGUAAUAACAUCCGAUUGUAGUAGUGUACCAUCAUCGUCUGCUUAUUUCGUGAUACUGAAAAAAUUUCCCACCAAAGGAAAGCUCGUUUUUGGAUUUUUACCUCACGGAACUAGGUACCUUGGUACCUUGCGGCACCCGUUACUGCUACUAGAUGGCAUACCUGUAAUGAAUGAAUUACGAGAUUCUGCAAUAAAAAUUUUUGAGAUGAAAUUGAGCUUAAAUUUAUAUGUAUCUUCAUGA